AUGGGUGAAGACGGAUUUGGUGGGACGCUGCUGGAUUGUCUACAGACGAACGGGUGCCUGACGGAUUUUAUGAUACAGGUGCCGGAGUGGGUAACGCCUACCUAUCUUAAACCGAUUCAUCGUGGCUAUGAAGGUGUGGAGACGGAGGGACCGCGGUUCGAUAUUGAGAACAAAUCGGCGAUGGAUGAGGCAGUCGAAACUACUGUUAUUGAUGCCUUGCGAGAGUGUAUACCGCUUGUUGAUGGUGUAAUUGUCGGGGAUCAGAUGCCGAUUGAGAACUUAGGCGUUGUCACCAACCGAGUGAGAGAAGAGUUAUGCGAGUUGGGAUUGGCGUUUCCUGAUAAAAUCUUUUUCUCGGACUCCCGCACGCGGAUUGGCAAGUAUCGAAACGUUAUCAUUAAACCGAACCGGUUUGAGGCGAAACGUGCUGUUCAGCCAGAGUGGAGCGGACAGGAGGUUGACAUCGAAGAGGCAAGGCAGUGCGCGGUUGCACUCGCAGAACAGACCCAAAGGACGGUGUACGUCACCCUCGGUGAAAACGGUAUUCUCGUCUACAGUGAAGGUGAGUUUACACAUAUCCCCGGUAUUCCCAUUGAUGAUGAGAUUGAUCCUGUUGGGGCGGGUGACAGUGUUUCAGCGGGACUCGUCGCAACGCUCUGUAGCCUACGCACUUCACAAGCGGAGGCAUCUAUUGAAGCGGCUUAUGUUGGGAAUCUGGUGGCUUCCAUUACCGUCACCAAAAUCGGGACCACCGGUACAGCGUCACCCGAAGAAAUCCUACAACGGCAUCAGGACUACGUGAAGUUAUGA